GCGCGCGGGCCGCGCCGUGGCCUCGGGCCGCCCGUCCUCCCCGGCGGAGCCGGCCACAGGUCCGGGCGCGGAGCGCGGGACCUCAGGGUCACCGCACGGCCCGUCCUGGUUUGCGCCCGCCGCCCGCGGGGCCCGGGCCCGGAGGCGUCCCUGUGAGGAGCCGAGAUGAGCAGCAGCAGCAGCAAGAGAGCCCCAACGACAGCAACCCAGAGACUGAAGCAGGACUAUCUUCGGAUUAAGAAAGACCCGGUGCCUUACAUCUGCGCCGAGCCCCUCCCUUCCAAUAUUCUUGAAUGGCACUAUGUUGUCCGUGGCCCUGAGAUGACCCCUUACGAAGGUGGCUAUUAUCAUGGAAAGCUAAUUUUUCCCAGAGAAUUUCCUUUUAAGCCUCCUAGUAUUUACAUGAUAACUCCCAAUGGAAGGUUUAAGUGCAACACGAGGCUGUGUCUCUCCAUCACGGAUUUCCACCCAGACACAUGGAACCCAGCCUGGUCUGUCUCUACCAUCCUGACCGGGCUCCUGAGCUUCAUGGUGGAGAAGGGCCCCACCCUGGGCAGCAUAGAGACGUCGGACUUCACGAAAAGACAACUGGCAGCACAGAGUCUAGUGUUUAAUUUAAAAGAUAAAGUCUUUUGUGAAUUGUUCCCUGAAGUUGUGGAGGAAAUUAAACAAAAACAGAAAGCACAAGAUGAACUCAGUAGCAGGCCGCAGACUCUGCCCUUGCCAGAUGUGGUUCCUGAUGGGGAGAUGCACCUUGGCCAGAACGGGGUCCAGCUUCUCAAUGGGCAUGCGCCAGGGGCCGGGCCCCACCUUGCAGGGCUCCAGCAGGCCAACCGGCACCAUGGACUCCUGGGCGGUGCCCUGGCGAACUUGUUUGUCAUAGUGGGUUUUGCAGCCUUUGCCUACACGGUCAAGUAUGUGCUGAGGAGCAUCGCGCAGGAGUGAGAGGCACCAGAGCCAGGACCCCGUCGCCGCGGAUGCAAGUGCCACCUCGACACAGGCAGGCUGGACACGCUGCUGAGCCAGGGCGGGCCCGCCGGACUCCUGGGUUUCUCUUUUUAAAAACCUUAAAAGGAAAGCAAAAACCAAAAUGUGUGAUUUGGAGGAGACACGAGACCCUCAGCCCCCUCUCCUCACCCAGUGUGGUGUGUGUUGGGGCUGGUGUCGACGAGGGCUGCUCACGUUUGGUUUUAUAGCUUAUCUCCUGUAUUGUCUUUUGGACCUGUUUAGUAAACCUGUUUUUCAUUUUAUUAGAUUUGGUCACUUAAAAAAUAUAAAACUCAAUGCCUAUCAAACACUCUGCGUGUGUUCUUGGUGGAGCUGUGGACUCCUCAGCAGGCAAGGGCUGGAGGCUGGGGUAGGGCCUGCGCUGUGGUGCUAUCCCAAGCGGUAGAGCCAGUCGGCGGGCCAGUGACAGCGUGGAUGGGGAUCCAGGAGAGAAGAGAAUUGACUCAUCAUAAAAAUGUGUUUGUGGUCAGUUAGAGUGAAUCAAAUUCCUUCUGGAAAGUACUUCAUAUUUUUGUCCAGGUAAAAGAAUCUGCUUGCUUUGUGGCCACUAGGUGUCGCCCUUUACUUGGAGCAGCCUCUGAGAAUGGCGGGCAGCCAGCUGGGUGGUUGGCCUGUUGGACCACCAGCCUCUCUGGGUGCUGUGGGGCUGGGGGUCUCUGGGUGUCUGCAGGACUUUUUCUCUGAAUUUUUCAUGCCCAGUUGGCAGAAGCUUGUCCUACUGCACCACUUGGUGGAGACCCUUGGCCCUCUGGGGUGGGUUCUGUGCACUAUGGAACCCUCCCACUCGGUCCAGGUUCUCUCUUGUACCUUCAAGGUGGGCCCUGCUGUCCUUCCCAGUCGAGCACGUCAGAUGUUGGCUCUUCCCAGCUCACGUAAGGGGAGCUGCUCUGGGAGGAUGCAUGGUUCUAGUGUCAAAGCUGGCGUGGUCUCUGUCCCUUUCUGACAUUUGUGUCUAACAACUCCGGCUGCACUGAAUGUUGUGAAGAUGCGUCGUCAUGCUGUUCAGGAAAGCUGACAUCUGAGGGGCACUGAUGGAACCAGCUGUGCUGUCCAGUGGUGGAUAUGGCCUCCAGUCCACCAUUCACCACUGGGUCCCCACUGAGGCCCACAGACCAGCCUCGUUCCAGAGGCAAGUGGCAGAGCUGAAGCACAGCCUGCAUGCUCGACUCUGGCUUGCUUUAUGGUCAGUUUAUUUAAAAUUGCUCUGGAUUUACCACUUGUGUGUAUUUGACUCACUUUUACGGGAAAAAAUCUUGCAUUAUGCCUCUGUUCCUGAAUUUCAUACUGUCUGUGUCUGUGUUGGUGGAGACUCCUGUCCUUGCUCGGCAGCCUCAGGCCUGUAGGUGGGGUCUGUGGGAUCGUACCUGCCUGGCCUGGGGACAGUAAGUGUUACCACCUGAAGGUGAGUCUUGGUGGCAAUGUGGUGCUGCUGGGACCCUGGCCUGCCUGCUGGAUCUGUGGUCGAGAAGCUAUCUGUGCAAGGCCCUGGGGGGUGAAGCACACUCCCUCCUUUGCAGGGAGCCAGUCCAGGCCUAGUCCAUGGCCUGCUUUAAGGGCACUUCUGUGACCACUGGCAUCGGUUCCAAAUCCUUGAUGUUUCCUGGGGCUCUUGGAAGACUGGAUGUAACCAGAUUUAGAGUUUAUCUAACACGUUAUUUUCUGUUAUGUGAGAUCUCAACUUUUAACAGCCUUUGGUCAGUAAUGGAGACAAACCCUGUGGUACCCAUGGCUUGUUGCCUGCACUGGCCUCAAAUAAAAGGUGACCUUUGUCCUGUUGGA